AGCAUGAUUUAGAAACACACGUCUGCAAUUUGGACGACCAAUUGAUAUUCCGGAGGAGGGAGGAGGAAUUUGAAAACAAAUAACUCAGCCUUGAUAAUCACAACAAUGAAUGAAAACCGACACUGUCAAGAGAUUUUUCAAGAUAUACUAGAGGGAAAACAGGAAAUUGGAUACACGCAUAUUUAAUGGAUAACUCUAAUGAGACGGAAACAAAUUCUGGAGCUAUUGCGGCAAUUGUUUUGCCUUUUGCAGUUACCAUUUCAUGUUGCCUGUCUUGCUGUCGAUACUAUAUGAGAAACAAAAAUGCAAAGAAACUAAAAAAUAUCAGACGCUUUCAACAAUCAAGGACCUCACAAUUAACCAAUGAACAGCUACAAUAUCGUAUUAUUGGUUUGUACCAUGACAAUGGGAAUUCACCUGCUAUUAUCUCAAAUCCUGAGACACAGACUGGAUGUCGAAAUGGUUGGAAAAGUCUUGCCAAUGCUACCUCCGGUAAUGACAGUGAGACUAAUUUUCCAAACGAUACAGCAUAUACUCCCACUUUGAAUCCACCAGCAUACGAAGAUAUUAUAAAUCGAAAUACAGCUGCCAAACUGAAUGUUUCCUCUGAUCCAAGAACACACACAGUAGUUGACGUACAUAACGGCGCUGUAACUAAUUUAGCAGACGAUACAACAUCUAUACCCAAAGAAAAUCCGCCAGCAUACAAAGACAUCAUAUAGGAAUAACGUGUGUAUACAGUUGUAGUUACUAGCGUUUUUAAAUUUGUACUCUGCGCAUUUGUUUUCUGUUUUAAUUAUAAACUUGAAUAAAAUCAACUUUUAAAUUUAA